AAUUGUACCUCUCUAUUCUGCGUUGGCUAGACCUCACCUGAAUAUUCUGUACAGUUCUGGGCACCGCAAUUCAUGGGGUCUCUUCCAACCCUAUGGUUCUAGGAUUCCAAGCAAAGUGGGGGAUUCACCAAAUGUUCUCUUCCUCUCACAGGGGCAAGGUCUGCCUGGUUUGGCCUAUCUUCUCCCUCCUUGGACUUUGGAACUCAGCACUGGCCCCGAGAGAGCCACGUGAGGGACAAUGUGGUCUCCGCAAGCCCGUGUGUUGGGUUGGUGGUUCCUCCUUCUCCAAGUGGCCCGUGGAGUGACAGGUGACUGCCCCUGCAACCCGAAGUAUUUUGGCCGCGAUUCUAUGGUGUGCGUGUGCAACAGCACGUACUGUGACUCCUACGACCCAGUCUCGUUCCCACCAGUCGGUUCCUACGUCAAGUAUGAAAGCAGCCAGAAUGGCAAUCGGCUGAACCGGAGCGAAGGGACGUUCACAGACCGAACGCACACUCCAGAUAUUGUCCUGUUUCUGGAGCCGAUGCAGCACUAUCAGAAAAUUAAGGGGUUUGGUGGCUCUGUCACUGAUGCGGCCUCCAUAAAUAUCCUCUCCCUAUCACCGGCUACUCAGAAAAAUCUGAUGAGUUCCUACUUCUCAGUGGAGGGGAUUGAGUAUAACAUGAUCCGGAUACCCAUGGCGAGCUGCGACUUUUCCGUACGGAUGUACACUUACGAUGACUGGCCAAAUGACUAUGAGCUGAAAAACUUCAGCUUGGUUGAAGAGGACACCAAAAUGAAAUCUGUCUCAGCCAGUUCAUACCACGCUGUUGAGAUCACCAUCGGACAGCCCAGCGCUGAGAAAAUUGCUGCUCCUUUCAUCCGUCCUGAAGUUGGAGACGGAAGCACUGACAGGUGGAGCCGGAGCCCAGCACGGUGCCAGGGUGCCCGGACAGCCCGCUCCCGCUCCCUCCAACAGGUUCGCCUGAGAGGUCGUGGGGGCUGCCGGCCAGAGCUUGAACCUGGCGCCCUGAAGGAGGGCCCAGCCGCUCACUUUCCCGCCUGGCAGAGGAGAGCUCUCAGCCAAGGCUGCAAUCAGCCAUGA